AUGUCCAAAGAUAGCCAUUUUUCGUAUGUUCACAUGAAACAGCCCCAACAUAUCCUCUUCCAGGAGAAGUGGGAUAUUGACAAGCUGCCGUUCGAUGACAUCGAAAUCAACUCUACGGCCUACCAUGGUCAGGAUAAUAUUCUUCAGGAGUUUUUGGCGUCGGCAGAAGACCAUGACAGCGAUCUAAACAUAAUCAACGGCGCAAAUCCAAUGUUCAACUCAUCUUAUGCAAACAGGAUGCGCCAGAAACACAAGAAACUAAACUGGAAAGACCUUGGUCUUGCCGAGUUGUUGUCUGAUAAGAAUCAUGUUCACGACCAGACAAUUCUUGCAAGACCCCAAUUUGGAGGCGCUGAGCCGCAAAUGGCCUCCGAAUCAUCCUCAGACAGAAUAGAGGAGCCGGUAGAGGAUGCAGACAUUGCGGAAGCUGAAGAACCCGACACAGAGGAGUUUGCUACACCUAUCAUUCCUAAUCGCACAAUUCAUCAAAAUCUAUAUUCUAGACAGCGCAAGCUCCGAAAGCCUUCCACAGAGUACCAAACGCCCCAAUCGCACGUCCGCAUCAUCAGAUAA